GCUUCUUGCUGGAGUGAGAUUUUUUUUACAACGUCAGUGAGUUGAGCGUUUUGUCAUCCAAUCCUCACUAUCUCCUAGCUCCUCCAAGACCUGUGCACGGAAUUGGAGUUCUCUCCUGAAAGCACCUCUCGGCAAGUUUUACUAGCUAAGACUGGAUUGUCAAAAUGGCACCGAAGAAAAAAAGUACCAAAAAAAAUAAAAGUGAGAAGAAUGAAUUACCAAAAAUAAGCAUUGUUGAGGAAACAGCUAUUGAUAUUGACCAACUGAACCACCUUAACACUCUCUUUGAUAGUGGAUCAAAUGGAUUUCGAUGUACAGCCACAGAAAUCUCCAAUCCCAACCAUGGCUCAUUCAUCUUGGAGGAAAUCAGCAGGAUGCGCCAGGAGAGACUCCUUUCUGAUCUCACACUAUCCACUAAAAACAAAUCCUAUUAUGUCCAUAAAGUGGUGAUGGCAGCUUGCAGUGAUUACUUUCGCAACAUGUUAAAGAAAGAUCCAUCUGUUCAAAGUGUAGAUGUCAAUGAUGUAUCAGCUUUAGGGUUGGCCACCGUCAUAACCUAUGCCUACACAGGGACACUCAGUUUGUCUCUUUAUACCAUCGGAUGCACCAUUGCUACCGCCACUCAAUUCCAAAUGUAUACCUUGAUCAACAUGUGCACUGACUUCCUUGUUCAAGAAAUUAAUGUAGAAAACUGCAUGUAUAUCUCAAACAUUGCUGGAACAUAUGGACUUAACCAGGUUAAAGAGUCAGUGAGGAAAUUCAUCCGUGAAAAUUUCUUGGAGUUUUCAGAGAAUGAUCAAUUUAUGAAGCUGACUUAUGACCAAAUUAGUGACUUGUUGAUGGACGAUUGUCUUCAACUGCCCUCUGAGCUCACUGCUUUCCAAGUUGCAAUGAAGUGGUUGCAAUUCGACUCCAAGAGGGUGAAGCAGGCAGCUGAUUUGUUGAGUAAUAUCAGAUUUGGUACCAUUUCAGCUCAUGAUCUGGUCAGUCAUGUUCAACCUAUCCCAUGUAUGAUGAAAGAUCCAGAUUGCCAUCGACUCCUAGUUAAUGCCAUGAACUACCAUCUCCUGCCUCAUCAACAGAAUAUGAUGCAGUCUAGAAGAACAAAGCUGAGAGGAGGACAGAAGGCACUGAUAACCGUGGGUGGUCGACCAGCCUUGACUGAGAAGGCUUUGAGCAGAGAAAUCUUAUACCGAGACCCUGAAAAUGGAUGGAACAAACUUGCAGAAAUGCCAGCCAAAAGCUUCAAUCAAUGUGUUGUGGUAAUGGAUGGCUUCUUAUACAUGGCUGGUGGUGAAGAUCAAAAUGAUGCUCGAAACCAGGCUAAGCAUGCUGUCAGCAAUUUAAGCAGAUAUGACCCUCGUUUCAACAGUUGGUUUCACCUCUCCAGCAUGCUCCAGAAGCGAACCCACUUCAGCAUGUGCUCCUAUAACGGCCUUCUUUUUGCCUUGGGAGGUCGGAAUUUAGAAGGUCCCCUCGCAUCGGUGGAAUGCUACAUCCCUUCCACCAACCAGUGGCAGAUGAAGGCUCCGAUGGAUAUCGCCCGCUGCUGCCAUGCUUCUGCAUUGAAUGACGGCCAGAUCCUGGUAUCUGGUGGCUACAUCAACAAUGGCUAUUCUCGCACAGUUUGCACCUACGACCCUACAACAGAUGUGUGGAAAGACCGCAGCAGCCUGAGCACCCCCAGAGGCUGGCACUGUUCCGUUACCCUCAGCGAUUGCACCUAUGUGAUGGGUGGUAGUCAGCUUGGGCCACACGGUGAGCGAGUCGAUGUGUUAACGAUUGAACGCUACACUGCCUACAAUGGCCAGUGGAGCUACGUGGCGCCUCUGUCGAUUGGUGUGAGCACAGCCGGGGCAACGACCCUGAAUGACAGAAUCUAUCUAGUCGGAGGGUGGAACGAAAGUACAAAGAAGUACAAGAAUUGUAUCCAAGUCUACAAUCCCGAUCUGAAUGAAUGGAUCGAGCAAGAUGAGCUGCCAGAAGCCACCGUGGGCGUCUCUUGCUGCACCAUCAUGUUACCCAACAACAAACUUCGAGAUUCCAGAGCUAGUUCCGUUGCAUCUGCAGCAAUCAGUAUCUGAUGAGCGUCAUAUUUUUAAUGUGAAACCCCCCCCCAAUACCACCCAUGUUCAAAAUCCACUCAGGAAUCCAAACCCUGAUGUCCCAUUCUUUGAAUAUUGAUUCUAUCUGAGAUCAGCCAGAAGCAGCGGGUGGAUCUGUCUUAUGACACACAAGGCUCAUCUGUACAAAUGUGUUUGACGAAUCUUUCUACCACUCCAAUUUCAGCCUUAACCUUAAUCUACAAAGUGAAUUGCAGAGAUCUUUUUAUUCUCAAUUCAAGAAAACUUUCGUCAAAUAUACGUACUGUGAGUAACCAACAAAUAUCCAUUGAACAAAAUGAAAUGGUUCAUUCUCCGCAGUCCUACAAGACACAGUUCCACAUGAACAGCUACUAUCAAAUGUAUUAUUUGAUUCUGUUAUGAAAUAUAAGCGAAGAAUGGAUCCAUUUUUACUUCUGGAAUUCGAACUCAGUAAAGUUGCAUCAAUAUUAGCCAACCCAAGUCUGGAAGAGCCCACAAAAUGUAGAAUGCGUUUAAAACAUACGAUUAUGUCUCCAAUUUGGAAGUCAGAUAAAGAACAUCCAUGUCAAUUCUAUUCUCCCUUUUUAUCAUCUCUGAGAUAGCGAACGUUUGUACACAGAAGGUAAGGUCUUAACUUCUAUUGAUUAGUGAUGGCCGUUCCUCUCCCAAAAGCACCUUUAAAUGGUUUUGGUGAACAUUUAACAGUGUUUAGAUAACGUCUCUGGUAACAGUUGAAACAACUGUGAAGGCGUAGAGGUUCCACUUCUGUUGAUCAUUUAAAUUUUUCAUACAAACGUCAAAGACUGCGAUGAAAGUUCAACAAUUUUAAAUUUAUUGUUCGGGCUUACAGAGUUGAUUUUAAAAGGGCAACAUUGAAACAUUAUAAUUACAUUACUGGUUGUGCGAAUGUCAAAAACUGUCGAGUUUGAUCAUCUUUGCAAUAAAAGUAAAGGCUGCGAAGAAACAUUAAUAUUUGAAAUCAACCGAGUAACGUUAGUUUUCAAAACGUAGAAUUUAUAUAUUAAGAAGAGAAGGUAUGUUGUAAUUCCAGAGUUUAUGGGAGACAGGAUGCUCUUAAUCACUUCCUAAAGCAUGUUUUAAACUAUAAAGUGAGAAAAAAUUGAGAAAACAGAUGUUUGGAUCAAAUGGUUCAGAUGUUAUCUGCACCUUCAUUUUUAUACUUCCCUCUCCCAACUAAAUUGAAAUUAGUUUUCCUUCUCCUUUAAUUUUUUUUUAAAGUGUUAAAAUCGAUUUGAUUUCCUUGGUGGAAAUUAUAAUAAUCCAUUUCAAAAAGACAAGUCACAAAUCAAAGUACUGGAAAUACACAGC